AUGGUCAAUCUUAGACGGGCAGCCAUCUUCCUCAUCUCCUUGGUGCCGUUUGCCGCCGGGGCGUUCGUGCAGUCGGAGGGGUCGGAGGCAAACGCGUCGAGGUCGGAAAAGUCGACCGGCAUCCCGGGCAAAUACAUCAUUACGCUCAAAGAGGGCACCACCGACGCUACUACCGCGUCCCACUUAGCUUGGGUGCAGAACGUCCAUAAGCGGAGUCUUGAUGGACGAAAUCUCAAGGGUGUCGAGAAAACGUACAAAGCGGCUAGAUUCCGAGCAUACGCGGGGGAGUUUGACGAUGCGACGAUUGAGCAGAUCAGGAACCACCCAGAGGUCGAAUACGUCGAGCCCGACCAGAUCUUCAGGAUAACCGCCGUCGCCUCACAGCAAGAAGCAGAAUGGGGCCUCGGCACCCUCUCAAGUAGGACCCCCGGCUCCAAGAUUUACACCUAUGACUCUUCCGCUGGAAAAGGAGGCUACGCGUACAUCAUCGACACCGGUCUAUUCAACCAGCACCCGGAAUUCAACGAUGGCCGCGCGCAGUUGGGUCAAAACUUUGUGCCGUUCACCCGCUUUGUCGACAAUGCCGGUCACGGCACUCACGUUGCCGGGACCAUUGGUGGCAAGACUUAUGGCGUGGCUAAGGCUGCUACGCUCGUUUCCGUCAAGGUUCUGGAUAAUGAAGAGACUGAUGGCUCUAUCGUCCUGCAGGGAUUGCAGUGGGCCAUCCGCGAUAUUGUCGACAAGGGUCGGCUGGGCAAGUCGGUUAUCAACAUGUCUCUUGGUGGCAAUAGACUUUACGCGUUGAAUGCCUUGGUCCGAACAGCGUACGACGCAGGCAUCCCAGUCGUAGCGGCUGCCGGAAACGAUGACACCCUCGCAUCCCAGAGCUCGCCCGGCUCGCAACCCAACGCCAUCACAGUCGGCGCCAUCGACGAGAACUGGGAAGAGGCGUGGUUCUCCAAUUACGGCCGAACCGUCGACAUCCUCGCGCCCGGUGUGAACAUUCUCUCUGCCUGGAGGCAGGUUAAUGCCACGGGGCCCAAUACCUUAACGCUCAACGGAACGUCCAUGGCCGCGCCGCACAUUACGGGGUUGUCGGUGUAUCUCAUGAUUGCUGAGAACAUCACCACGCCGGAUGCACUCACGGCUCGGCUCAAGGCGCUCGGGACGAAGAAUAAAGCCAAGAAGUUGAAAUACGAGACCCCUAAUCUAAUUGCUUAUAACGGAAUCGCCUAA